GUACAGCGGAGAACACGAAGACCCGUUUAAGAGCUUCCUCAACUACCCUGAACUGGUACCAAUUAAUUCAACUCAACAGAUCGAGUACACUGUGUUCCUACGUAUUCCCUCAUACUAACCACUCUCCGUCGAGCUCGUACUUCCACUUUCGUGCUAUUUCUCUCCCAUCCUAUCUGACCUACGAAUAGCCCGACCUUGGUCAGGUCUCUUCUCUACAACCGUUCACGCACAAUGGCACCAAUCACCGACGACAUAGUUUCAAACUUGAAAGACCAAGUGCACAAGCUGGAAUCCAGAAUAUGGGAACUCGAACAGCGGCUAGAAGCUGGCGGCAGCAAGCAGCCCAAAGCCGAGUCGAUGCGAAUGAUUCUCAUGGGACCUCCGGGCGCAGGCAAAGGAACGCAGGCCCCCCGAAUCAAGGACAAGUACUGCAUCUGCCAUCUGGCCACCGGCGACAUGCUCCGAGCUCAAGUAGCUAAGAAGACGGCUCUGGGACGCGAAGCCAAGAAGAUCAUGGAUCAGGGAGGUCUGGUCAGCGACGACAUUAUGAUCAACAUGAUCAAGAGCGAGCUGGAGACGAACAGGGAAUGCGCCAACGGCUUCAUUCUCGAUGGCUUCCCACGUACCGUCGCACAGGCCGAGGGUCUCGACAAUAUGCUUGAAAGCGAGAAGAAGCCUCUCAAGCAUGCCAUCGAGCUACAAAUCGAUGAUGGCCUGCUGGUUUCGCGUAUUACUGGCCGCCUAAUCCACCCUGCCUCCGGACGGUCGUACCACAAAGUCUUCAACCCACCCAAGGAAGCUAUGAAGGACGACAUCACCGGCGAGCCCCUGAUCCAAAGAACCGAUGACAAUGCGGAAACUCUUAAGAAGAGACUGGGGACAUAUCAUCAACAAACCACCCCGGUCGUCGGCUACUACAAGACCAAGGGCAUCUGGUCGGGAGUGGAUGCCAGUCAAGAUCCUGAGCACGUAUGGAAGAGCCUCCUCGGCAUUUUUGGAGACUCCAAGACUUCAGGUAGCAGCAUCCUGAACAAGAUCGGACUUGCACGAUAGACGACCUCAUCCGGAAACUUCGGGAGCAAGACAAAAAAGUGGUUUUUUGUUAUUGCAUUGGGGACUUCUCUGCCCCUGGAACGGUGGCUGGAAAUGACAUAUGAAAACCCUCGACGCUAGAGCCAUGUUUGCAAACGUGUACAAGAUAUGGGGAGAUUUUUUCUUGGAGCUUCAAGGGAAAAAAGCUCGAGGUUUUGGUGAAUUAAGGGAAUGCGCACAAACGUCCUAGCUUUGAGAAUCAACACCUCCUAAUUCAGAACAUCAAUCUUUGCACACCAGGAAAAUGAUUUGACGGUCCUUAUGGCUUCCAUCCCAGUGAAUUCAAUUAUUGAUGGCA